AUGCUGAACGCGGGUUUCCGGGUUAGCUUGGACUGUAUGCACUGGACAUGGAAGAAUUGCCCAACGGCAUGGCAAAGAGCUUUUCAGGGAAAAGAGAAGUGCUCGACGGUGAUCUUGGAAGCAGUGGCUUCUAAGUCGUUAUGGAUUUGGCAUGCAUUCUAUGGAAUGCCUGGCGCCAACAACGAUUUGAAUGUACUCGAGCGUUCUCCUUUGUUGAAUGACCUGGUAAACGGUGUUGCCCCCAAGAUUUCCUUCACUGUGAAUGGUGCGACGUACAAUCAGGGAUACUAUCUUACAGAUGGAAUUUAUCCUGCCUGGGCAAUUUUUCAAUCCAGUAUCAGCGCGCCCCAAGGCAAGCGUAAGUAUUACGCUGCCCAACAGGAAGCUGCUCGCAAGGACGUUGAACGCACUUUCGGAGGAUUACAACAACGCUUUCGAAUUCUUGCCCUACCUUGUAAACUAUGGAGUGUCGAUGCAAUGAAGGAUGUGAUGCUAGCUUGCAUCAUCCUCCAUAACAUGAUUGUGGAAGACGAGCAGCGAAUUCCCUCACUGAAUCAUCAGUAUCUGUUCGAAGAUGAAUGGGUCAGCCCGGCAGAAGUUGGUGUACCAGAUGAGUGCCCAGUCGCAAUGAUAGGAAACGCGAUGCAAGUGCUGGAAGACGAAGAACUUCACUAUGAACUAAAAACGGAUUUGAUCGAACACGUAUGGCAAUGCUACGGUGAUCUCGGCUAG